AUGGCAACUCUAAACAGGUCGAGAGUGGGGCCACCGUACAUUCCUCUGGUGAAACUCAACCGGCAACACACCUCUGGGCUUCAGCAGGGCUCAGCAGGAGGAUUUGGAGGCCCAUCCAAGGAUCAGAAAGUCACAGCUGUGGUCCAGAAACGCAACCAAGAUGAAGCCAAAAGCCUGCAAACAACUGCAACUCCUGAGGGCAAAGUUCGCCACAGUUUUGUCAGCUUGCCUGUUAUCGACUCGGUGAAACUGAAGACAGCCAAGGCCCUUGCGGAAAAAGCUGUCAAGAUGCAUAGGGUAUUCUCUGUCCAGGGCCAUUACCCUGUCAUCAGGGAGGCACUGAGGGCCAGAGGCUGGGUUGAGCAGCGCACGCACCGCCCCAACCAACAUGCACAGCGUGGUGACAGCAGAGCCAGCCCUAAUGAUGCUGGUGACAGCGACAAUGAUGCCAGUGAGCUAGACCAAAACGAUGUCAGAAAAUAUCAGGAUCCAGAUGAAGUAUAUGAUCUCAUGUCUCGCCUGGUGCGAAAUGCAAUGGUUUAUUUUUAUUGGACAAACCGUAGAGAUGCCAUUGACACCAACAGCUUGCGGAAAGAACAGAUUACCAACCAUUUCACAAAGGCCGGCAGCUUCACCACCAAGGUCGGGUUGUGUGUGAACCUAAGCAACCUGCACUGGUUUGACUCAGCUGACCCAGACACCUUCUUCCCUCGCUGUUAUAGACUAGGAGCCCAGGACGAGAAGCAGGCUUUCAUUGAAGACUACAGGAGAACAGCCUGCACCAGUCUUUUGAAGUACAUUGUGGAGAGGGAACAGGGUGUUUCAGAAGAGGGAAUGAAGCGACAUGAUUUUGUUUCUCCACCUUCAGAUAAGAGCAGACGCAACAAACGGCAAUUUAGACCCAUGGUCCUUUCCCAAAUGAUUGACAGCGCGCUCAAAGUAUGUCAGGAGUUCCUGGACAUUAUGGAGCACAACGACAUAGACAUGAGCUUGGGAACACCACAAACACUGACAAAUGAGGAAUGGGAGCAGUUUAUUGACAGUUAUUACCUUGUUGUUCAUGGUGGAGCAGAGGUAGAGAACAGUGAUCAUUUUGUCAAAUGCUGCGAAGCCAUGCUGCAGAGGCUGGGGGAGGUCAGGCCACAGCUGGACAUAGAUGGCAUACACAACAUCUGGAUCAUCAAACCUGGAGCAAAGUCCAGGGGUAGAGGUAUCAAAUGUGUCAAACGUCUGGAUGAGAUCCUCAGGCUGGUGAAGGUUAAUCCAACCCUAAUCAAGGAAAGCAAGUGGGUGGUGCAGAAGUACCUGGAACGCCCCUUGCUGGUCCAUGGCACCAAGUUUGACAUGCGCCAGUGGUUUCUGGUCACCGACUGGAACCCUCUGACUGUGUGGUUCUAUAAAAAGUGCUAUUUGCGUUUUUCUACGCAGCCUUACUCACUAGAUAAACUGGACAGCUCUGUCCACCUGUGCAAUAACUCCAUCCAGAAGCACCUGAGGCCUUCCAAACAACGACAUCGAGGCAUCCCAGCAGACAACAUGUGGUCAGAUGACCAGUUCAGGACCUUUCUGUCCAGCCAGGGCCGGGAAGCUCAGUGGCAGGCUGUGGUAGUCCCGGGGAUGAAGAAGGCUAUCAUACACGCAUUACAGACAACACAGGAUCUGAUGGAGUCACGCAAAAACACCUUUGAGCUCUACGGCGCUGACUUCAUGUUAGGACGUGACCUGCGUCCAUGGCUGAUCGAAAUCAAUGCUAGUCCCACAAUGGCUCCCUCCACCCGUAUCACAGCCCGACUCUGUAGUGCUGUUCAGCAGGACACAUUACGAGUCAUCCUGGACCGGAGAGUUGACCGCACCGCAAACACGGGAGACUUUCAGCUCAUAUAUAGGCAGGCAGCAGUAGAAGUGCCACAGUAUGUCGGACUCAACCUACUUGUUGAGGGCUUCAAGAUCCAGAGCCCUUGCCCUCUUCCUCCACUGAGGCCCUCCAACCUUUCAGCAUCAAAACGUCAUGGUCCUGUCAAGGAGAAGAAGCCUGUAGAAGAAAAAGUAAAGCCUCUGUCUAAGAUGCUGCUGAACAGUACAGAGACUCAGCUCAGAAACACCAGCAGUAGGGUUUUACCACCUCCUCCUCUUCCUCCUGAGCCACCUGUGCCCAUCCCUACUGAAACCGUCACACUUCACCUGCCAAUGACUGUAAACAAGUCCAUCCACCUGCCCAUUAGUGACCAGUCUCACUCUGUAUUUUUGUGUACGAGGGGACCAGAAGUAUCAAAAGUUUGCUCAGACAAAGUCCAACCCUAUACCACAGAGAAGCACCAAGGUCCGUCUUUGCCUUUGGAAAUGACCCUUUCAAAACAGUCCCAGCAAGCAGCCACCAGCACCUUGAGUGCCUAA